GAAUUUUUUCGCAUGGUCCUCACAACCUGAAAGAUGAGGAAAAACCAGAAGUAAGAAAAAGAAGAUAGAGGUAGAGAGGCUCUCUCUGCAGUUUGAAGAUCUGCAGCUCUCUCCAAUAUUUGCUAAAACAAAAUGGCUCCUCACUUUGUUUUCCCCCCAAAUUUGCGAGCCCUAGAAGAACAAGAAGAAGACGAACACCAGCACAAUCGUCUCUCCGUUCAAAACCCUAUCGACCUCGAUCCACUUCGUCCUGCAGAACUCGAAGAGUUUGUCAAAGGGGUAUCCUUUGAUCUGUCUGAUAAAGAGCUCUUCUGUAUCGAAGAGCAGGAUGUGUUUGAUCGCGUAUACACUUUGGUCCGAAGUUUUUCCAGCCUCACCCCAUCUUGCAAGUUCAUUCUUGUAGAAAGUCUUCGGUCCAAUCUCAGUGUUCUCCUCCCAAAUGUUGACUCACUCGUGCGUGUUUCUCAAGGUCAGGAUGAUAAUGAAACUCCGAUGCUUGAUCGUGUCACUUCACAUCGUAAUGCUUUUAAAAUUUAUACAUUUUUUCUCCUCCACAUUAUUUUGGCCGAGGAGUUCAACAAUGGUUCUAGUAACAAUCCUAAGGUGACAGCAAGUAGCCGUAAGAAGCAACCAGUAAACUUGUGGAAUUGGGAGUUACAGAGAGGCCGGAUGCUUAACCUGAUUGCUAACUCACUAGAGAUCAACCUCGCGUUGCUCUUUGGAUCAGCUGACCCAGAUGAAAAUUAUCUAUCUUUUAUUGUAAAAAAUAGUUUUUCUAUGUGUGAGAAUACCAUGCUUUUAAAAGACUCAGAAACAAAGGAUGCUCUAUGUCGUAUCAUUGGGGCUUGUGCCACAAAGUACCACUACAUAGAGCAGUCAUCUGCUUCAAUCAUGCACCUAAUUCACAAAUAUGACUUUGUUGUUAUCCACAUGGCUGAUGCUGUUGCUUUGGCUGAGAAGAAGUAUGGUGAUGGAACACUUGCAAUUUCUCUUAUCAGAGAGAUAGGGAGGACUAAUCCCAAAGCCUACGUGAAGGAUACAGCAGGGGCUGAAAAUGUUGGGCGCUUCUUGGUGGAGCUUGCUGAUCGACUGCCGAAGUUAAUGUCUACUAACAUUGGACUUUUGGUCCCACACUUUGGUGGAGAAUCUUAUAAGAUAAGGAAUGCCCUUGUAGGUGUUUUGGGUAAAUUAGUUGCAAAAGCAUUUAAGGAUGUUGAAGGUGAAGUGAGUUCUAAAUCUGUUCGUCUUCGGACCAAGCAAGCCAUGUUAGAAAUUUUGCUCGAGCGUUGUAGAGAUGUUUCGGCUUAUACAAGGAGUCGAGUUCUUCAAGUUUGGGCUGAACUAUGUGAGGAGCAUUCUGUUUCAAUUGGUUUAUGGAAUGAGGUUGCAACUGUUGCUGCUGGGAGAUUGGAAGACAAGAGUGCCAUUGUUAGAAAAUCUACAUUAAAUUUACUAAUCAUGAUGUUACAGCAUAAUCCAUUUGGUCCACAGCUCCGAAUAGCUUCAUUUGAAGCAACUUUAGAGCAGUAUAAGAAGAAGCUAAAUGAGCUUGAACCAGAUAAGUUGUCUGAAGGCAUGAAGGAUGGUGUCCCCUCUGAUAAUGACUCUUGUAAUGAUGAGGGUGAGGUUGAUAAUGCAAAUGCUGAAGAGGUGGCCAACCACCAGUCUGACAGUUUAACUGAUAGUUUACCCCAUAUGGAACAGGAGAUUGCUGAUAAGGAUAGUUCUGUGCCUGAUGUUGGGAACUUGGAGCAGACUAGGGCCUUGGUUGCCUCCCUUGAGGCUGGUUUGAAGUUUUCUAAGUGUAUAUCUGCCACAAUGCCAACACUCGUUCAAUUGAUGGCUUCAUCUUCUGCUACAGAUGUUGAGAACACAAUUCUCCUGCUGAUGAGAUGUAGACAAUUCCAAAUUGAUGGUGCAGAAGCCUGUCUCCGUAAGAUGUUGCCACUGGUAUUUUCUCAAGACAAAUCCAUAUAUGAAGCUGUAGAGAAUGCUUUUGUAACAAUUUAUAUUAGGAAAAACCUGGUAGAGACUGCUAAAAAUCUUUUGAAUCUAGCCAUAGAUUCAAAUGUAGGAGAUCAAGCAGCCCUUGAGUUCAUUGUUGGUGCCUUGGUGUCUAAAGGUGAUAUAUCCAGUGGUGUGAUAUCAGCACUAUGGGAUUUAUUUUGCUUUAAUGUUAAUGGCACCACUGCUGAGCAAAGUCGUGGGGCUUUAGCUAUCCUCUGCAUGGCAGCAAAAUCAUCCACAGAAAUUCUUGGCUCUCACUUACAGGACAUAAUUGACAUUGGGUUUGGGCGUUGGGCUAAAGUGGAACCUUUGCUAGCGAGGACAGCAUGCAUUGCAAUCCAGAGAUUGUCUGAAGAGGACAAAAAAAAGCUGUUACUUAGUAAUGGCAGCCGCAUUUUUGGUAUUCUGGAAAGCUUAAUUACAGGCUUUGGGCUUCCUGAUAACAUAUGGUAUGCUGCUGCUGAUAAAGCAAUAGGUGCAGUAUAUAUGAUUCAUCCAACUCCAGAAAACUUAGCUGCUGAUCUUGUGAAAAAAUCUCUUAGUUCGGUUAUUGAUGGUAGCACAGUAGAUGCAUUACACAAUGACAUCAACAGUGGUACCUGCAGUGUACUUACCACUGUUCAAGUAGCAAAACUUAGCAGAUACUUAUUUGUCACAAGUCAUGUUGCCAUGAACCAACUGGUAUAUGUUGAAUCUUGUGUUCGGAAGAUCCAGAAACAGAAAAGUAAUAAAGAAAAAGUGGAUGCUGAAGGUACAGCAAAUGCCGAAACACAAAAGGAUAGUAGUAUCAAUGCUGAACUAGGUCUUGCUGCUUCUGAAGAUGCAGUACUAGACACACUUGCUGAAAGAGCAGAGAAAGAAAUUGUUUCUAGUGGUUCCAGUGAAAAGAAUUUGAUUGGAGAGUGUGCACCUUUCCUCUCUAAGCUCUGCAGAAAUUUUUCUUUGAUGCAGAAGUAUCCAGUACUACAGGCCUCUGCAAUGCUUGCCUUGUGUCGAUUUAUGAUUAUAGAUGCCAAUUAUUGUGAUGCAAAUCUCCAGCUUCUCUUCACUGUUGUGGAGAAUGCACCAUCAGAAAUUGUUCGUUCCAAUUGCACAAUUGCUCUUGGAGAUUUGGCAGUUCGCUUUCCUAAUCUGUUAGAACCGUGGACAGAAAACAUGUAUGCUCGGUUAAGGGAUCCUUCAGUUUCUGUUAGGAAGAAUGCUGUUCUGGUUCUUUCACAUCUCAUUUUAAAUGACAUGAUGAAGGUAAAAGGCUACAUAAAUGAGAUGGCUGUACGUGUAGAAGACCAUGAUGGGAGGAUCUCUAAUCUGGCUAAACUCUUUUUCCAUGAAUUGUCAAAGAAAGGAAGCAAUCCAAUAUAUAAUUUACUCCCAGAUAUACUUGGCAAAUUAUUCACCCAAGAUCUGCAGAAAGAGUCUUUCUGCAACAUCAUGCAGUUCUUAAUUGGUUCCAUCAAGAAGGACAAACAAAUGGAAUCGCUUGUAGAAAAGCUCUGCAAUAGGUUCAGUGGAGUCACAGAUGCUAGACAAUGGGAGCAUAUUUCUUAUUGUCUUUCUCAGUUGUCGUUCACUGAAAAGGGAAUGAAAAAGCUCAUAGAGUUAUUUAAGACUUAUGAACAUGCUCUAUCUAAGGAUUCUGUGAUGGAUCACUUUAGAAACAUAAUUAACAAGGGUAAGAAAUUUGCAAAACCAGAACUCAAAGUAUGCAUUGAGGAGUUUGAGGAGAAACUUAAUAAGUUCCACAUGGAAAAGAAGGAGCAAGAGGUGACUGCAAGAAAUGCAGAAAUACAUCGACAGAAGGUUGGCAACAUAGAAGGUUUUCCUAUGGCCAGAAAUGAUGGGGAAGAAAGUGCAGAAGGUGUUCAAGAUGGUGAGGUCAUUAAUGCAUCCAUAGAAGGGGAAACUGAGUCUUUGCAUGAUGAAUCGGCAUCAAAAAUUAUUGAGUCAGAGGAAUCUUCUGGAGCUUCCAGUGAAGUGACUGAACAGGAAGAGGGGGAGACUGAAAUUCAAUCACUGAGAGUUAAUAGGAAAGGGAUCUCCCAAUCCCAAGAUAAAGAAGGCCACGUAAAGGAUCUGAAGGGUGUGUCUGCAACCACCCGAAGAAGUACCGGUUCCCGGUCUAAUAAAAGGUAGAGAGGUCAUCAUAUUAGUGUCAUUACUGAAUGGGAGGAAAGCGAGAAGUUUGCUUGUGUAAAGUCGUAUGCAACGCUGUUUGUAAACAUACAUAAAAUGGAAUACGCAACCCGUUUUAAAAGAAAAGAGGCUCUGGUGAUGCUAUUGUUUUGGAUGGUAGUGGUAGAGAAAUGAAAAUGGACAUAUCAUAAAUCUGCCUUGUUUGCUUUUCAUACAGUGUUUCAAUCUUUUACACAUUAAGGAGUUGUAA